UGAAUUCUGAAGUUAACGCCCGAAGGAUCAGCAAUGUCGAGCAGUGUUUCGGCUCUUCAGGACAGUCACUUGUUAUACCUGGGCGGGUGCUAGUCGGAGAAGGAGUAUUAACAAAAAUAUGUCGCAAGAAACCCAAGCCUAGGCAGUUUUUCUUGUUUAAUGAUGCCCUGGUCUACGGCAACAUCAUCAUUCAUAAGAAAAAGUAUAACAAGCAGCAUAUUCUUGCACUGGAGAAUGUCAAGUUGGAAAAUGUCAACGACGAAGGCAAUUUAAGAAAUGGCUGGAAAAUAAUCAGCCCCAGCAAAUCGUUUGUUGUAUAUGCAGCCACAGCAACGGAGAAGAAGGAAUGGAUGGCACAUAUACGGAAGUGUGUCAACGAUCUUCUGGCUCGGAGUAUCCAGCAGUGUACAACAAAUGACUCUCCUGUGUGGGUGCCUGACUCUGAAGCCAAGACCUGUAUGCACUGUAGGAAAUCUGAAUUCACAGUUGUUAAUAGAAGGCAUCACUGUCGGCAGUGUGGUAUAGUGGCUUGUAACGCUUGCACCAGCAAGCGCUGGCUCCUCCCACAGCAGAGUUCCAAGCCAAUCAGAGUGUGCUUGACUUGCUACCAGAAGCUGACACAUGAAGCUGCCACAAACAGCUCCACCAAGAAAUAUACUGUAAUAGCUACAGGAAGCAAUAGGGAUUCCUCUGGCGAGGACUCGUCUGAUGAUGAUGAUGAUGAGCAGGCAAGGGAUGGCAUGCCUUCUAGAGACCAGGCUGGGGAGUUAUCUAUUCAUGAUGCACACUUCCAGAGUUACAACUAG